AUGGACUGCACCUUUCCCUCCAGCUCUGCCACACAAUGCUUGCAGCAGCUGGAUGAGGAGCAGCUGGAUCAGUGGAAGUACUCUCGGUGUAUAAGGCCCCAGUACCACCACAGUGAGCACAGCCUGAGCCAAACUGGCCAGGGAUGGCAGAACAGCCGCUUGGAGCCACUGGAGUGCCGGGAUCUGCUGGUCCAGAAUGCGCUUUUCACUGGGAACCUGGAGAUGGUGCAGAAGUACUUCACCAAGAGUGCAGCCAUCAAUCUCAUCAUUGAGACCAAGGGUGAUGAGCUACGCUGGACUAGCAGGAAAUUUGGCAGAGGAGACAAGAGUCAGGAGCCCAUUUGCACACGGAAGGUGGAUGGCCCUGCCCAGGCCUACUGGCAGGCCCUGCUGACGGGGGAUCAGGGGGUUAUGUCAGAGAUCCUCAGUGACCCUGAGAACAACCUGAGUCCCAAUGCUGUGUUUGACACGAGUGACCUGGAAGAGUGGAAAAACUACCGCUUCAAUCUCCGCCGGCUGACCAGUACAGACUGCGUGCACCUGCUGCUCAGCUUUGGUGCUGACCCUGAGGCUGUCUCUGAGGAUGGCUACAAGCCCCUGCAUCUCUGCAAGAGCCCAGACUCCAUCGAGUGCGUCCAGCAGCUGCUGCAGCAUGGCGCCGGUGUGAACAGUCGGACAGAGGAGGAAAACGACACAGCACUGCACAUUGCAGCACGGCAUGGCCUACCAGACCACGUGCAGCUGCUUCUGUGCUAUGGGGCAGAGCUGGAGGCAAAGAAUGAGGAGGGGCAGACACCGCUGAAUGCUGCCUGUGCUCAGCCCCAUCAACCCCAGGACAUGGACCGCUACUACCGUGUCUGCCAGCUGCUGGUGGAGAGUGGUGCUAGCAUCAAUGCUGCAGAUAAGGACCGUCAGCACCCGCUUCACCUGGCCUGCAAGAAUGCCAAUGCUCAAGUAGCAGAGUUACUGCUGGCCCGAGGUGCAAAUGUCAACGUCAUGAACUACAGUGGCAACACAGCACUGCACAAUAUCCUGCAAGCAACUGCCUACAAGCUAGAGCACCACCCAGAGCUUGUGGUGCGAGCCCUGCUCAACUACGGUGCCAUCCGCAUCUGGCCUGGUGCCCUCCUCAAGGUGCUGAGGUACUGCCAUACCUGCCCACGUGUCAUCGAGGCCCUGAUGAACAGCUAUGAUCAUGUGCGUGUCUCUGAGGACUGGGUGGAAGCAGUUCCAGCGGAGGUUGUGCAGAAAUACCAGUGUUUCUACCAGUCACUUUUCUCCCUGGAGCAAAGACCUCGCUCCUUGCAGCACCUGGCUCGCUGCACACUCAGGACCUUCCUGGAGGGCCGGUUGCUUCUGGUCCUGUCUCAACUGCACCUGCCAAGUGCCUUGCACCGUUUCCUGCUGCUCAGCUUCGAGGAUGUUCUCUACUAA